AUCAAGAUGUUCAAGCCAUGCACCAAAGAAUUUAAAGUAUUUUCGAUAGAGAGGAAGUUGAACAUUACACAACUAAAGCCAAAAGUUAUUGUGAUCAGAAUAAUGAAGAUAAAUGAUCAGACAAGUCGAGAAUAAUUUAUGACACAAAGUAUUACAAAAAAACUCUGUCAAAUCACUCUUAAAGUUGGCCGCACAUCCGGAUGAAAGAAUGACUAAAGAAGUCAAGUUAUUUAAAUAUAAGCUUAAUUGCAGUUUUGGUCCACCUAUUUUAGCAGAAUCACGAAAGUGAUCCCCCUAUUUUGUUUUUCCCCAAUUUUGGUCUCCUAAACAGAAUUUUGGUAUGAUAUGAUUUAAAAAAAAUGACAUUUCAUCAAGUUUUUGACUAAAUUCUGUUUUAUUAACCAAAACUGGAGAAAUAAAAUAGGAGGAGACCAAAACUGCAACUUAGCCUUAAAUUGUAUUAUUUCUCCAAAAGCUUAUUUCAGAUCAAAUCAAAGAUUCCUUUUUUGCUUAACCCAUAAAAAACAAAUUUGUGCCCCAUUCUGGUUUUAUCGUUUCCUAUAUAAAUAGGUUCCUUCUGUGUUUCAAAUCCAAGUCAACAACCAUUUUUGAGAGCAUUGUUGUGAGACACCUAAGUAGAUACUAAUUCUUGUGAACCAUUUUAUUUUGUGUCACUGAAAUCUUUUUCAUUCCCUUUCUCACCUCUAAAAAAAAUGUCUAAUAUUGUAAUUGUUUUCGACUUUGACAAAACCAUCAUUGAUUGUGAUAGUGAUAAUUGGGUUAUUGAUGAAUUGGGUUUCACCGAUUUGUUCAAUCAGCUCCUUCCCACAAUGCCUUGGAACUCUCUCAUGGACAAGAUGAUGAUGGAACUUCAUUCAGAAGGUGUAACAAUUGGAGACAUUGAAAAAGUUCUUCAUAGGAUUCCAAUUCACAACAGAAUAAUACCAGCAAUUAAAUCAGCACAUGCUUUAGGCUGUGAUUUGAGGAUUGUUAGCGAUGCCAAUAUGUUUUUCAUUCAAACCAUUUUGAAGCAUUUGGAAAUAAGCGAUUAUUUCUCAGAGAUUAACACUAAUCCAGGUUAUGUUAAUCAAGAAGGAAGAUUAAGAAUUUUGCCUUAUCAUGACUUCAACAAGGCUCCACAUGGUUGCACUCUCUGCCCUCCAAAUAUGUGCAAGGGUUUAGUCAUUGAUAGAAUUCAUAAUUCAAUUUCAGAGGAUAAUAACAAGAGAUUUAUCUACCUUGGUGAUGGUGCUGGGGAUUAUUGUCCUAGCUUGAGACUUACAGAGAGAGACUUCAUGAUGCCAAGGAAGAACUUUCCGGUGUGGGACUUGAUGUGCAAAGACCCUUCACUUAUUAAGGCUGAAAUUCAUGCUUGGUGUGAUGGAAAAGAACUUGAACACACUUUAAUGAAGUUGAUCAAAAAAAUUAUCAUUGAAGAACAUGCUCAAUUCAUUUCAUCCGAGUGCAGACCACAAAAUCUAUCAAUCCCUAUGCUCGAAUCAUUGCCUAAAGUUCUUCCCAUUCGACCUUAAAAUCUUAGCUUACUAGUUACUAUCAUUAGAAAUGUAUAAUAAAGUAAUAGCUUUUUCUUUAGUCCUUUGAUUUGCUUUAAUCAAUUUAGUUAUAAUGCAAAAUGCUGGAAUUGGUCCAUCAUAGUGAUUUUGAAUGUCUACUGAAUACAAAUACCACUUUGCCCUUGGUUAUUGCUGAG